AGAGAGGCUAGGAUCAAACCUGCAGGUACAAAAGACAACCAAGUUACAAUAUCCUCGUUGGUCCUACUUCCAAAUCUGUAACGAAGCAGUCUCUACCUGGGUUGAGAACAAUGGCUUGGAAGAUCUGUCUAUUUGUCUUUUGGGCUAUUGGUUGUUCCAGUGGACAAGAUCACCCUCGUUCAACUUUUGCAGACAUAAAAGAAUCGAUCACCCAGUUGCAAAAAGACUUUAAUGCUACUCUGCCUGAUGUUGCUGAUGGGGGAGAUGUUUUCCUACAUAGGCUGAAGAGCAGCCUAUGGUCACAGGACAAUGAAAGAAAAAUCUUGUUAGCCCAGAUGAUUUCUACGUACUUAGAACUGUUGAGCACUGCAACUAAAAGUCAUACUUCAGCUCAUGUGAAGGAAUUAUUAGAAGCCCUGACUCAUUAUAAAGAGAAAUACAGUGAAAGCCUGAAAAAAGCAAAAGAUAUAAUUGAGUUGUCAAAGCUUCCGCUGAGUGAUUUGAAAAUCCAGCGCAAGGUGAUAUUAGAAAUGUAUAGUGUAUUGCUGGAGGUGAACAAAGAAGAGAACAGAAGAAAGAGGAGAAGCAGAGGACAAAAUCCCAGAGACCAGAAGAGAUGCAGACCAAAUCUCAUGGGAUAAUAUUGUUUAUUGACACAGAGAGGAAUAUUUUAAUAUAUAAAAGUAUUUAUUAAUAUUUAUCAAUUUAAAAUAACUAUUUAUAAGAGUCAGCCUUGUAUAAUCACCAAUUGAUUUAAAGUAUUUAUAAUUUUUCUGAAGUAAUUAAUAUUAUUGAAUUCCUAUUUAUCUUCUGAUAUUUGUUAACUGAAUCAGUUAGAAGCUGUCCAGAAUUUAUCUGGUGUUUUUCUAUGGAAUGAAUAUAAAACAUUUAAAUUAAAUUAAAUGUUCCACUGUU